UAGGCAUCGACAUCUGCCGCUGUGAUUUAAAUCCUACCACUCCCGCAACCCCAUCAACGCUGCACCAGUCUUUGCCAUUCGCUCUUCGUUCAAAGUAGUAAUGCUCUUCUUGUUCGGUAUGUAAGAGGAGCUUGGCUUCAGAACGAGACCGAAAAAAGAAAAAAAAAUGGCAACACCGUCAGCGUCAUCGUCAUCAAGAGCAGGUGAUCCAGGCCCACAGUCUUCUGCCUACGCCCGCGCCAGAGUGCUCCAGUCCACGCCAGCAUUUGGGCCGGGUCGUGGCAAAGGCUCGGGGGGUCUGGGUAAAGGCUUUGGAAUGAAAAGACAUCGAAAAAUACUACGCGACAAUAUUAAGGGUAUCACCAAAGGUUCAAUCAGGCGUCUCGCAAGGCGAGGAGGCGUGAAGAGAAUCUCCGCCGGCAUCUACGACGAAAUUCGCGGUGUGAUCAAGUCCAGACUUACGGAGAUACUUCAACAAUGCUCCAUCAUCGCCGAGCAUCGCCUCCACAAGACGGUCACUGCUCUGGAUGUUAUCUUCGUUCUGAACAGACUUGGCACUCCCAUCUAUGGGUUUGAAUCUCGUCAGAAGCCGUAGUUUCGCUGCAAACACGAGUUGCUUUAGUUUGUACUCCUUUUCAACGUCUAUUCAAAGAUACCCCUCAGAUCUGUCGAGACAGCAACUUGAUAGUUUUUUUUUUUGUGGCAAUGAGACUUUGCCCAAGUAUUUGCUCAAUCCAGCUUAGAUUCUCCUCUUCCAACCGUCUCUUGGACAUGAUUGGUAGGCUCGCAGUCUACGCACCCAAUUUGCGAAAGCAAGGCACAAGGCAAAUUACAUACAUAUACCUCAGGAGAUGGGAAUGAAGGUUCUCUGGACGCAGGUUGAAGUCAGCAGCAAGGAAUGAUAUUAUAGAUAGUAAACUUUCACCAAACUCGCCGAAUAUUGAAUGAUGGUGAAGCAGUGCUUGACGAAACAACUGGUGUUCUGCACUUGCAUUAUGUGAAUUCGAACACUUAAACCCGAUUUGCACAACUUUUAGCAAAGCAAUGAAGACUUAUUUAGUAUGGAGGAACUCCGGAAAACUAGAAAUUGCUGCUGUUG